AAUUAUUUUAUAAAUUAAAAUCCUAAAACCCACCAAAUUCUCUCUUCCUCUCCACUAUGCUUAAAAUUUUCCCGGAAAAUUUCCAACUCUAAUACUCUCUCUUCCAAAAAUGGCUGCCGUUGCUUCUCUCUCUUUCUCUGCCCUGAGUCAGUGUUCUGAUAGAAAAUCGGUAAUAUCUUCUACUCGGAAUUUGGCUUACAACUCCGAAGGUCUCCGGCUCCGUACGAGCUUUUCCUGCAAUAAUGGUGGUGUUCGAGCAUCGAGUUCGAGUUCUCGUAUGAUGAUUCAUUGCAUGUCAGGCGCGUCAUAUGCGCCUACUGUAGCUGACACAAAGUUGAAUUUUCUUAAAGCGUAUAAGCGACCAAUCCCUAGUGUUUACAACACUGUGCUGCAGGAGCUGAUUGUCCAACAGCAUUUGAUUAAGUACAAGAAGUCAUACCGGUAUGAUCCCGUGUUCGCCCUUGGUUUUGUCACUGUAUUUGAUCAACUCAUGGAUGGAUACCCCAGCGAUGAGGAUCGAGAGGCAAUCUUCCAAGCUUACAUCGAAGCAUUGAAUGAGGACCCAGAGCAAUACAGAAUUGAUGCACAAAAGUUGGAAGAGUGGGCUCGGGCACAAACUUCCAGUUCAUUAGUUGAGUUCCCAUCCAGAGAAGGAGAAAUUGAGGGGACAUUGAAGGACAUUGCAGAAAGGGCAGCAAGCAAAGGAAGUUUUAGCUACAGUCGUUUCUUUGCUGUUGGGCUCUUUCGUCUUCUCGAAUUGGCCAAUGCAACUGAACCAACAAUAUUAGAAAAGUUAUGUGCAGCCUUAAACAUUGACAAAAGAAGUGUGGACCGGGACCUUGAUGUGUACCGCAAUCUGCUUUCCAAGCUGGUUCAGGCAAAAGAACUUCUAAAGGAAUAUGUGGCCAGGGAGAAGAAGAAAAGAGAAGAAAGGGUUGAAAAUCAGAAGGCCAAUGAAGCAGUUACAAAAUGAAUGGGAGACUACCAAUAUGUUCGCCAGUAGUCGGAGUGAUGCCUCCUUCAAAGCUGGUCACUCUCCGCGAAGCUGCAGAUCCCCAAAUCUUUGAGGUAGAGUUGGAGUUUUUACACUUAGGCAUGUACCUUUCCACCGACUUGUAGGUUUGCAGUUAGUGUAUUGCUUGCAGUGGUGCUCCAGCAACAGCCUAUGUUCCCACAUGUCUACAUAUUUACUUUUUAUUAUUACCUUUUGUUUAAAAAAAAAAAAAUUGUAUUAUAGCUUGUAACUACAAUUCUCGAUUUGCAAUAUUUGAAUCGGGUUCUCCACAGUAAAGCUAAGUGCUAGUC